AUGCGUGUCGCCACGCUCCUUGCUCUCUUUCCCCUUACCUUCGCGAGCCCCACUAAGCGCAGCUCGCCCGCUCCGGUACUCAUCCCCCAGAACGCGAAAGUCAUCGAUGGCAAGUAUAUUGUCAAGAUGAGAAGCGGCGAAAACAACGCCGUCUCUGCCGCCGUAGAGAGCAUAGCCGCCCACGCUGACUACAUAUACUCUCACUCCUUUGACGGCUUUGCCGCCAGCCUGACUAAGGAGGAGGUUGAAAAGCUCCAAAAUAGCCCCCACGUCGGUGUCGAGUUCCUCGAGAAGGAUGCCGUCGUGACCAUCUCAGCAACUCAGCAGAACGCCGACUGGGGCCUCGCCCGCCUAUCUAGCCCAAACCCUGGUUCUACCGACUAUACCUACGACGACUCUGCUGGGGAGGGCACCUGCGCCUACAUCAUUGACACCGGCGUCGACGUCCAGCACCCUGUUUGUUGGCCGCGCCAAGUUCCUCGCCAAUUCAUUGACCAGGAUAAAACUGGCGGCAAUGGCCACGGCACUCACGUCUCAGGUACCAUCGGCUCUAAAACAUAUGGUGUCGCUAAGAAAACGUUUAUACUCGGCGUUAAAGCCCUCGACGCCAGCGGCUGGGGAACUAACUCUGGCGUAAUCGCCGGCAUGGAGUUCGUUGCAAAGGACGGCCCUUGCCAGAGCUGCCCUAAGGGCGUCGUCGUUAAUAUGUCCCUAGGCGGCGGUAAGUCCGAUGCUGUCAACCAGGCCGCGGCCAAUAUCGUAAAGGCUGGUCUCUUCCUUGCCGUAGCCGCUGGCAAUGAUGGCGCCGAUGCUUCUGGCUACUCGCCCGCCUCCGAGCCGACAGCCUGCACGGUCGGUGCCACCGUCAGCGACGACUCCCUUGCGACUUACUCCAAUAUCGGCAGCCUCAUUAAGGUGCUCGCCCCUGGCACAGAUAUCAUCUCCACCUGGCCCGGCGCUUCUACCAAUAAGAUCAGCGGCACAUCUAUGGCCUCACCCCACGUCGCAGGCAUCGGCGCGUAUUUUCUCGGUCUUGGCCAGAAGGCAGAGGGCUUGUGCGAUUAUAUUGCUCAGACCGCCCUCAAGGGCGUCAUCUCAGGCGUCUCGGGCGAUACGGCGAACCUGCUCAUUAACAACGGUCAGGGCGGCAACGGCUCCUUCCGCGCCUUCUAA